AUGGCGGCAGAAAUUGAUACACGAUCAUCUCAUAUUCAAAUUGCCGAUGCCAUUAGCCCUCCUCGACCUCAGAGUCCGGCUCUCGAGUCCCAUUCCUUAGAGAAAGAGUUCAAGGAAAUUCGCAACUUUGGCCUUGACCAAGAGGAGAAGGCGAAUCGAAUUGCUCACGAUGAUUUUAAUGUCAAGAAAAAGCAGCAUUACAGCGGGUUUAUGCUGGCCUGGCUGAGCUUCCAGAGUAUCGGCACCAUCUACGGCGACAUCGGGACCUCUCCCCUUUACGUCUACUCGUCCACAUUUUCCGCCCAACCCAGCUGGGACGACCUCGUCGGUGCUCUCUCCAUCAUCAUCUGGGCAAUCACUCUCAUCGUGACUGUCAAGUACACCUUUAUCGUGCUCAAUGCCGACGACGACGGCCAGGGCGGUACCUUUGCCCUCUACUCGCUGCUGGCGCGGUACGCCCGCAUCACGACUGGGGAUCCCAAUGUCUCUCACGCGCCCAAACUAGAGAGGCAUGCUACCAGCGACAUGGAGCCGCUCGGCAGAGGCUUCCGCGCGUUUCUCGAGAACUCAAGGGGCGCGAAAUUCCUUUUGAAGGUGACCGGAGUGCUCGGCGUGUCCAUGGUGCUCGCCGACGGUGUGCUCACGCCGGCGCAAUCCGUCCUCGGGGCCAUUCAGGGCAUCACCGUGGCUAACCCAACUUUGACGACGUCGUCCAUUGUGGGCAUCUCGUGCGUCAUCCUGGUCUUUCUGUUCGCCAUCCAGCCAUUCGGCACCUCCAAGCUCGGCACCACCUUUGCGCCCAUUGUCACGGUGUGGCUGCUUUUCAACCUCUGUUCCGGCAUCUACAACCUGGCCCGCUACGACCACACCGUCCUCAAGGCGUUUAGCCCCUACUUUGCCGGGGCAUACCUGAUGCGCAACGGGCAUCAGGGCUGGAGAUCCCUGGGCGGUCUGCUGCUCGCCUUCACUGGUGUCGAAGCGCUGUUCGCCGAUCUCGGUGCAUUCAGCAAGCGCGCCAUCCAGAUCUCGUGGCUCGGCCUCGCCUAUCCGUGCCUGAUCUUUGCCUACGCUGGCCAGGCUGCUUACAUCUCCGUCGAUGCCACCGGGACUGCCUACACGAACCCGUUCUUCCACACGGUUCCGCCGGGCAGCUUCUACUUCAGCAUGGUCAUUGCCGUGCUGGCUUCCAUCGUCGCCUCACAGGCCAUGAUUACGAGCAGCUUUCAGCUCCUGACGCAGGUCAUGCGGCUGUCGUACUUCCCGCACAUCAAGACGGUGCACACGAGCGCCAAGUUCCACGACCAGGUCUACGUGCCGAUGGCGAACUGGCUGCUCAUGAUCGGGACUGUCGUUGUGACUGCUGUUUACAACAAUACGACGAGCCUCGGCAACGCCUACGGCGUCUGCGUCAUCUUCGUGACCUUCAUCACCACGUGCAUGGUUGCCACCGUGGCCAUCGUCACCUGGCGCGUUCCCUCCUACAUCGUCAUCCCGGUCUUCCUCGUCUUCGCCGCCCUGGACGCCACUUUCCUGUCCGCCGCGCUCGUCAAAGUCCCCGACGGUGCCUGGUUCACCGUCCUCCUCGCGGCGAUCCUCUCGACCAUCUUCAUCGUCUGGCGCUUCGGCAAGGAAAACCAAUGGUCCGCCGAGGGCGCGGAUCGGCUGCAGCUCACCGACCUGCUGACCCGCGACCCGUCGACCGGCGGCCUCUCGCUGACGCCCGCCUUCGGCGGCCAGCCCAUCUCGUCCGCGUCCGGGCUCGGCAUCUUCUUCGACAAGGUCGGCGGGCCGCACCAGGUGCCGACCGUCUUCACCCAGUUCAUCCGCAAGUUCAAGGCUCGCCCGGCCAUCGUCCUGUUCUUCCACAUGCGCCCGCUCUCGCUGCCGACCGUCCCGCCCGAGGAGCGGUACGUCAUCACGCGGGCCUCCUCGGUGGUCCCCUCGUGCUACCGCGUCACCCUGCGGCACGGCUACAUGGAUGACGUGCUGACGCCGGACCUGGGCCGCCAGCUGGUCGACCACCUGGUGCUCUACAUCACCCGGGAUCGGCAGCAGCAUAGUGGCUGGUUGCAGCAGGGCGGGAACAGCGGGUCGUCGGGCGGUGCGCGCAGUGUGGAGCACACGCCCGAGGUGCAGGCCGAGCUGGAUGCGUUGAACAGGGCGUAUGACGACCAGACGGUGUAUGUGAUCGGCAAGGAGGUCAUGAAGGUGCAGCGGAGGAGCAGCCUCAAGGGGUUCUUGCGGUAUGCGCUGCUGGAAACGUUUCUGUGGAUCCGGGAGAACUCGAGGACAAAGCUGGCGGACCUGGAUAUCGAUGCUGAUCAGUUGGUCGAAGUGGGAUUCGUGAAGAAGAUCUAG